AUGAUACAAAGUGAUCAAUUUGGUGGGAGUUCUCAUGAGUGUCCUUUUGCUCAUUUGGACAACUUUCUCGAAUUGUGCAAAACCAUCAAGCAAAACAACAUUACGGAAGAGUUCAUCCGUAUGCACAUGUUUCAAUUCUCCCUCCAUGACAAAGCAAAGCAUUGGUUGAGAACGGUAGAAGAGGGAUCAUUGACCAAAUGGGAUGAAGUCACUAGAGCUUUCCUUGGAAAGUAUUGUCCACCCGAAAAGACCGCCGAACUAAGAAGGAAAAUCACCAAUUUCAACCAAGAGAUUGAUGAAACCUUAAGUGAAGCUUGGGAGCGUUUCAAGGACUACACCAGAAAAUGCCCACACCAUGGUUUCACAUCAUGGAUCAUUGUUCAAAGCUUUUAUGAUGGUCUUACUCCUACUUUAAGGGCCAACCUUGAUAACGGGGCCGGUGGUAGCCUUAAAAAGCUAUCGGUGGAUGAUGCAUAUAAGAUGAUUGAAGAAGUGGCAAAGCACUAUGCAUACGGAGGUGAUAAACGACAACCUCAAUCAAAGAAGGGCGGAAUCCACGACCUUAGUGCAAUAGACCUUAUUGCAUCAAAGUUUGACAUGCUAGCUCACAAGCUAGAUCAAGCCACGCUUACAUCUCCAAGCUCUUAUUCACAACAAGUCAUGUCUUGUGAAACUUGUGGAGGAAAUGAUCACUUGUCCUCCUAUAGUAACUCAACUAACCAAGAACAAGCUGCGGCUAUUGUGCAAAGAAACGAUCAAUACUCUCAACCCUACAAUCAAGGUUGGAAACCCCAACAAAACACGGGUUGGAAACAACAAAAUCAAGGCCCCCCUCAAAACCAAUACAAUCAAUCUCAUCCACAAAACCAACAAGCUCCUUACCGUCACCCUAACCAAAGGGUCCAAAACCAACAAAGGCAACAAUAUAACCAACCCGCUCCUCCACCUUCUAAAAAAUCUAGCCUUGAAGCCGCACUUGAGACCUUCAUUACACAACAAGGAAGAAGCAAUGCGGAUAUGCAAGCGAACAUCCAACAACUUCAAGCACACAACAAGAUAAUUGAGAAUCAAUUGGCUCAAAUUGCGCAACAAGUUGGAAGUUCAUCCUCCAAUCCUAGUGGUAACUUCCCAAGCUCAACGGUUGUGAACCCAAAAGAGCAAGCUAAGGCCAUUACUUUGAGAUCGGGGAGAGGUUAUGAAGGGCCGGUUAUGAGUGAAGAGGAGCCACAAAAGAGAGAUGAGGGAGUUGUGGUGAGAAAUGAGGAUGAGUUUGAAAAUGAGAUAGUUGAUGUUGAGAGAAAGGAGCCACAAAGUAAGAAUGAGGGAGAUGAGGAAAAGGAUCUUUUAUCCAACAAGAGUAGGCUUGAAGAGAGUGCAACCAUCUCCCUUCCUAAGGAGGUGAGUGCAAUCAUUCAAAACAAGCUCCCUCAAAAUCUUGGUGACCCCGGUAGCUAUGCAAUACCGGUGAAGAUUGGAGACUUAGAGGCUAUGGAUGCUUUAUGUGAUCUUGGGGCAAGUGUGAGUUUGAUGUCCUAUUCUAUUGCUAAGAGUUUGAAAGUGGGAGACCUGAAGCCAACAAGAAUGUCCUUAUAA